CAGGCGCCAAACCUCCUCCAGGCAAAAUACAGAAGGAAGAAACAGGUUCAGGAAAUCUUCCAUUAUCUACAUCUCAACAAUCAUUAAAGGGUAAGGCAAUUGUUGUUACAGCAGAACAGCCCAGCGCUCCAGGAAUGUUUGGCUGGGUCCGUGGAGGAGGGUUGUUGUCCCGUGUUGUGGAGAAGACAAUCUCCGUCACGGAGAACGUGAUCACCACCCUGGACCCACAGAUGCGGGACUUUAUACAUUCAGGAGGAGAUGUUCAGAUAGUUGUAGCUUCUGACAAGGAUGAAAAGGUUGGAGCAAUCAGAGAAGCUUUUCAGAAUGUUUUUGGACACGCUACAAUAGUUGGAUUACCUUCCAGGUGCAGCAAUCUUUAUUUCUUCCGUAUAAUUGUGAAUAUCCGCACAUAUUAUUGUAUACUAGCUUGGCAAUCCAGCGGUUGCCCAGGUUACUCAUUGUUACUCCCGCCUUUUACCUGCACUUGGUCGUAAAUUGCGAUUUUAUCU